AUGGCUCAACGCUGUACUGUUGCCUCUGCUCCCGGAAAGGUACUCUUAACCGGCGGUUAUCUCGUGCUUGAACAAGCCUACACUGGCUUAGUGAUUGGUACAUCAGCUCGAUUUUACACUGUCAUCAAGCCAGAAAGUGCCGGUGCUCCAGGUACCCUCACUGUACGCUCACCUCAAUUCGAUCAAGCAACUUGGCAAUACAAGGCAAUUGCUGAUGGCGACAAGCUUGAUUUUUCAUCCAUCACCACAGGGAGCAGUAACAAAUUCGUAGAGACAUGCUUAAAAUUCACAUUGCAAAUUAUCCUCGAGCGAACUGGAGCACAGCAAGUAAACCAACUGUUGAGCAAUGGCAUUGAAGUAACUAUUGUUGGCGACAAUGACUUUUAUUCACAACGUGCCCAGCUUGAAGCAAAGCACCUUUCAAACAAUGCAGCUGCAUUGGCGUCACUCGACCCCUUUUGCAAAACACACGCUACAUUGUCUACUGUGCACAAGACAGGUCUUGGAAGCUCGGCUGCACUCACAACAUCGCUUGUUGCUGCAUUAUUGCUCUAUUUCAAGGUAGUCAAUGACUCGCUGGACAAAAAGGAAAAGGUGCUCAUUCACAAUGUGGCUCAAUUUGUGCACUGCUUUGCUCAAGGUAAAGUUGGAAGUGGGUUUGAUGUAUCAUCUGCUGUCUGGGGAAGCCAUCGAUACAAGAGAUUCAAUCCAGCUAUUUUGACUCCAAUUAUGGAUGAACAUGUAGACUCCAAAGUACUAUCAAAGGCACUUGAUGCUCAUAACCAGAGCUGGGACAAUGAUGUUACUCCAUUCAAGCUGCCCCCAGGUUUUGAUUUGAUGUUGGCAGACAUUGAUGCUGGUAGCCAUACACCUACAUUGGUUGGAAAAGUAUUGGCAUGGAAGAAAUCAAAGCCUGAAGAAGCUGAUCCUCUUUGGGAUGAACUCGGCACAUACAACUCUCAGGUAGAACAGCAUUUCCGCCAAUUGUCUAUCUACCACGAGCAAGAUACCCAGUUGUACAAUGAGACGCUUGCUGCUUGCUCUCAAUUAACGUCCAGUGAAUGGCACACUGUACCUGGAUUUAUUGCCGAGGAGUUUGUGGCACUGGUCAAGGACGCUCAUCAUGUUCGCUCUCUCUUGCAAAUGAUGAGCGACUUGUCAGAUGUUCCUAUUGAACCCAAGGAACAAACAAGACUGCUGGAUGAAUGUGCCAGUGUUCCUGGUGUUGCAAUGGCAGUCGUUCCAGGAGCUGGCGGCUAUGAUGCCAUUGUUUGCAUUGUGUUGUCAGACAAGGCAAAGCAAGAUGUUCGCCAUGUUUGGGAGUCUUGGAAGGAGCUCAGUGUUGGUCCUCUUCUUUCUCAAGCAGACUCCCAUGGCAUCACGUGUGUAAAAUUAGAAGCUGUGCCUGGCCUAUCCGCUGUCCUCUCUGAUUAA